GGUGUGGGGGGGGCAGCAUAAAUAUGUCAGCUGGGUGUGGCAGCGUGUGGGAAAAGAAACAUGCUUCUCCAGCUCAACGUGUCAUCCAGAAACCACUGUGCUCUGUGGAACAAUCCAGAACUGUCUGUUUCCUUUUUCGUUCCAGGAAGGAACCUUGUGAUUCACCCCAUCUCUCCUCGAGAAGUGCGUCUGCAUUUGUUUGUAACGACGUACCGUACUUGUUGACUGAACACAAAGCAAUUAAGCCGUCAUCUAAGACAUUAGCAAGUGUCCUCUGGACGUUGAAGGAGGCAGAUUCAUAAUCUGCCACACAGGGUUGCUGGGAUUAUGGCCUGUGUGAUUAAAAUGGGAUUGGAAGUCUGCUCCAUGGGGCUUUACAGCCCCCUCUUCCAUUUUAAGGACAGUCUAAGUAGGGACGAACUGUAUCCAAGCUCUUCCCAGAGUAUUCCCAGAUUAUUCCCACAGAGCUUAACGCAGUUCAGGGAGAUUUGAACGUUCUGCAUACCCAUACAGGAGCACUCUCAUGCACACUAGCUGGCCUGGCUUCAUCAACUCAACACUGAUGACAAGACUGGCAAAUUUAUGUCUAAGAACUGUAUUGGUCAGACUGUCACCCUUUUGAAUGGUAACUCUCCAUUGUGGCAUGUCCUCAAGUGACCAGGGGUUGUUUACUGUGCCCUGGGCAUCGUCUGAGUUUUAUGUGAUGGCACUAAGCCACUUUGCCCAGUGGACCAUGUAUAAACCAGAACUUUACCCCUUUCUUGAUCCUUGAAUUACUUACCUUUUAAUUACUUACUUUCCAGAAACAUGUACUCAGCUCAUAUAGCACCAGCUUUGUGGCAAAAAAAGCCCAUCCAAAAACUGGUUUGUACAACAGUAUUUUGUACUGGCAUUUGUCAUUUUGAUAUGUACAGUAUGGAAAACGAUUUGCUCCCAUACACUGUACCUUAACAAAGACUGUCUUGCAAAACAAUGGAUGUUGAUAUUUAACCUAAAAGAAAAACUUUAAAGAGCCUGUCCUCAUAUACAGGGAUACAGUUGACUGUUUUAAAAGACACAUCGAUCUCCGCUGUUCAUAUGUCAUUGACACAAUUGCCGAUGAUAACCCUCAACAGAAAGGGCUUUCUAGUUUCCACCCGAGUGCACCCUCAGCCCAGUCUCACAAAGGCUGCCCACGGAUAGGCCUUUGUUGCCAGGGCUGACCUCAGUAACCCAGCACACUAUGUUUGGAUUCCUGAGGUCUGGCUAAGCCCUUUGCGCCACUGUUCUCUCAGGCCACUGUUAGCCUGUAGAGGGCUCUCUGUAGGAGAGGUCCAGGUGACUGGGGAGGUCUAGGGUACGUAGUCCAGGGUGGUCCAGCUCCUUUCUCCUAAUGAUUUCCUGCACAAACAGAGGGAAACAUUUUUCAUUUGUCUUGGUGAUACUUUACUUACUAGUGUUCCUUUCACCAUCUUAUGCAAUUCAGUGAAUGACUGUGAAGUCUGUUAUUCUCCGUCAACCACUCCAUUGUUCUAUGCCUAAAUGACCCUAGGGUAUCAGGACUGCAAAACGGUGCAUAGCAACUGAGCCUUUCCCUAGUUCUCAGAGUAGCUGUUCAGCCACUGCCAUCUAGUGGUGGGGAACUGUACUCAAAGCGCUAACCUUGGCUGAGUGCACCAUGCUUCUCCCAAAGCGGUGGCCUCCUGUCAUGUUUAAUGAGGCUCAGAUGAAGCCACUGAGGGGGUUGAAUUUCACAUUUGCAUGGAGCCUCUGAGUGUCGAGCGAGGAUAGAGUGCACAAUGUCUGUGUUGGUAAAUGCGGUCCCAGUGUGCAGGUUCAGACUCAGUCCAUAUGAAUCCUCUGGGCUAAGCUUGUUGGAAGCAUCGGUUUCCUGUGGGUUAGCUGUAGUGUGUAUAUAUAAACAUUUUCACAAAAUGCUGUGGCAUUGCUUCCCUCCGUCCAAGGAUUUUAUUAUCGUGGAUGCUGGAGUUGCACCACUGCAAUGGAGGCAUGUUUUGUUGAAAUGCUUUUGUCUGUCUGCCUGUCCACAGACUUAACGUGCAUUUUAAGAUAUAUUGUGUCAUGAAUGAAGUUUCCUUUAUAUAGAAGGCUAUACCUUGUAUGGGAUGACAGAUAAAUGGUGGGUGUUGCUGAAAAGGAUGGAUAUUCCUGAUCAUAAUAAACACAGUGGUAAUCCAUAUCUAUACCUGUAACCUGUAUCUUUUUUAGUAAAGAUGUCAAAUUACAUAAAAGAUGUCAAAAGACAUAAAACUGAAAACUGAACAAAGAAUUGUGUUGUGAAGGUGUGGAAAUGGUUUGUACAGCUACUCCAGUCAGUCAGAUCUAAUGUUCUAGAGGUCCUGUCCUGUCCUAGGAGCCCUUUCAGACACGGGUGGGUCUCACACCAAUCUCAUGAUGUGUCUGGAAACUAAAGCAGUCCAGAGACCGCACAUGUUGGCUGAAUGUUGGUGGUCAAGAGAUUUGUGGGGAAUUUAUUUGAAAGCAGUCUUCAUCAAAAUAUACCGAAAUAUAAUCUUGAUCACCUGAUUUCACUGACCCACUUUUAAUUGCCUUGACCUAUUUCUAUUAACAACCAUAUAUUGCAAUAUGUCAGAAGUGAAUAUUUCUGGAAUUAUGAAAUUCUAUCCAAUGGUAUGACAUCUAAAUAGCAACAUCUCUAUUAUUUUGCGCUAAAAGUUUAAAUGUUGAUCAAUUACCAACUGAUAAGAUCUAUAGAAAGCGCAUAAGGCAUGUAAGGUCCAAAGGCCCAAUCACUGCCCAAAUGCUUUCAUUAUCCCAACAUGGCGAUUGAUUUAAUCAUUUAACUUUUGAAAAUCCACAAAAUGCUUGUACGUGUGUGCGGGUCAGUGUGAAGUGCCCAUGCUACUUUGAGCAGCCCAAAUGUGGAAGGCAAAAUCCAAUUACAGCCAGCAAAGCUCCUCCGUGCUCUAGGCUGGAGCAGGACAGACAGACAAAGGGAAGGAGGAGGAGGAGGAGGAUCCCUGUGCAUCUGAAGUCUGAGCAUCAGUCAAGGGAUCUCGGAGGCAGGCAAACACAGGAAAAUGAAACUGGUGGAUAUUGUAGCACAGAAAAUGCCAUCAGAGAGUGACGUGCAUGUGGCCAGGAGCUUUCUCACGAAGAUUUUGCGAAGUUCCAUGAGAAAGAAUCGCUUCAAAGGGAGGAAUGAACCUGUAAGCAGGCCUCACUCCUGGCACUCAACCAAGUUCAUCGAGGGCCAAUCAGAAACGUCCAAGGCACAGCCUACACCCUCGCCAGUCUGGCAAACAAGAUAUGAUGCAAGUUCAUCCUCAACCGACCUCUCAACUGGCUGGGAUCAGACAAACUUGCGUCGAGUGUCUGACCAGUUCAGUUCUCUGGGCAGCAUGGACAGCUUAGAGCACGCCUCCCACCCUUACCCACCCGGGCGUCUGUCUCCAGGCAAGUCCAACAACAACAGUGUGGAGCACAUUGGAGGUGGCAAGCGGGAUUCAGCUUAUAGCUCUUUUUCCACUAGCUCCGGCACCCCAGAUUAUACCCUGUCUAACAGUAACACAGCCUCCACUGAAAACAUGCUUUACAAGGUGAGCCAGUGGGACCCGAGCAAUAGGCACAGCAAUGGAAGACACAGUCUUGGUGAGGGAGGGCGACAGGAUGAGCGUCCGGGGUACCUGCAGUUGCCUUCAGGCACCGGAGGCGGUGAGGCUCCCAGGAUUGAGGAGCAGCCAGGCUCUCGGCACUCAAGCUCCAGUAGAACCAACUCCGGACCCGUAUGGCAUGUGCCAGACAAGAGGAAGCCGCCUGCCCCCUCCCCUCCACCGCCACCGCCCCCAACACGCAGCGACAGCUUCGCUGUGACCAAGGUCCAUGAGAAGGGGCUGGUGAUCACCUACUCAGAGGGGCCAGGUGCUCAUGCCCAGUUGAAAUCUCAGGGCAAAGGUUUGGACUAUCAAGGUAGCGAGAGGGGUCCAGAGGGUCGGCGUAGUUAUAAUCCAAGUAAAAAUGACAUUGUCAGUCCUUACAUUUCAGGAGAGGGCUAUAGCCAGCCCCAGUUGAACCCCAACAAGACAUACUCUUUCUCAAGCACUGAUGUGCGAGUUGGUCUCCCACCUUCCCACGCGCCCUACCAUCAACGACAGUACAGUGAUGAGAGCACUUUCCACGCCCAGGCCAAGGCCAUAUCAGCACCCAGAGCUCAGAACAUCAGUGGUUACUACAGCAGCAUGCAAGAGCUGCCCACCAACAACCGCUCUCAGUUCUACAACCAGAACCAGGAAAAGACACCAAGCACUUCUUUAUCCACAAACGCCAUAGAUCAGAACGCCGACAAUGGAGGGGGCCACAGCCGGUACUACUGCGUCACUUCAAGACAGCCCCUGCAGUCAGUGUCCCAGGCCUCCAUAGCAAAAGUGGAGGACUGGAAAGCCUUUUCUAGUCAAGAGAUGACACAAGGCGGAGGGGAGAGGAAUUCUGUUAGUGCUCAAGGGGUUAGUAAAACCAAGUAUCCUCCACCUCCGGUACUUCAGUACAACCUAAACAGUAGAGACAGUAAUGGACAGUCCAGGCAAGGGGAUAACCAGUACUCCUCCAUCAACCCUUCCAGUGCACUAGAAGUAUCAAAAGUAACGCUAAGUGUUGAACAGAGGCCAAGUCAGAGGAGGAGCAGCGGACCCAUCACAGAGCCGCACUACAUGAGCUAUCCCCCUAGUAAGCAAAGUGAACAAAGGAGGGUUUCUGGCCCUCUGCAGCCAAAGGAACCAUCCCAGGAACCUUGGCAGCCCCAGGGGCAGAGUAAGAUAUGCCCACAGAAGACGCCCAUGCUGCACUCUCUUUCCAAAGAAAACCCUGAGCAGGAUGAUGGUCUUGGAGCAGCUGGCAGUGGAGCUGAUGGAGCAAAAGAAGCUAUGGAGAUUGUAAAUGGCAAGCAAGUGCGACGCGCUGAUCGAUUCGCCACCACACUGCGCAGCGAGAUCCAGAUGAAGAGAGCCCAGCUGCAGAAGAGCAGGAGCGCUGCCACCCUGAGCUCCACUGAGGAGGCGGAGGAGACGCCGGACAACUUCCCCACUUCAGCUGAUGGGUCCUCCUUCACAAGCUCCUAUAAGGACCAUCUGAAAGAGGCACAGGCCCGUGUCCUAAAGGCCACCUCUUUCAGGAGGAGAGACUUGGAACCUGUCUUGCUUGAGCAUCCUGAGAGCCAGCUGCCAGUUCUCCCCACCACAACAGCCGUUAAUCGUAAAGAGGGAGCCCCCCUGCCCAGUGUCUCUGAGGUCCCACAGACUAAACCUGUGUCCGCUGGCGGCCAGGUAUCUCGCAUCGGGGGGCGGAAGCGCAUUCCUGCCGAAAAGAAGGUGCGGUCAUUCUCCGAGCCAGACAAAAUCAACGAGGUCGGAGUUGAUGAGGACCCCUGCCCUCCAGACAGUGCUGCUUCUUUAGUGGACCGGCGCAAGUUCUUCGAAGCCACAGGAAAGCCAGCCUUUCCCAAACCACUUCCCAAGCAGCCACAGCAACAUGCUUCUGAUGACCGCAGGGUGACCAGGCCUGGUGGAAUGCCACAGCUUGGGCAGACUGACGAUGCCACCGAGAGAAAGAGUUCUGGAACUCCUCUAGAGUGCCAUUCUAUGGAGGGCCAGGAUGACCUUAGUUCAGCCCAGGGACUGGAGAACCAGAGGCUGGGCACCUUUGCAGAAUAUGAGGCCACAUGGAACAUCCAGCGAAAACCCCCAGAGUCAAAGCCCUCGGGAAGGUAUCAUUCUGCCGACAACAUCUUGGACCCAGCUGUGGAGGAGAGAAGUAAACCACCCUGUGUUCAUGAGAGAUCAAGGUCCUCCCCUUCUGCUGACUUCUAUGGACAGAACAUCCCAGUGCGAGGAAGGACGUCUGCGGAGUACAGACAGCCAGAGAGCGAGCUCACAGAGCUACCGAGGUCUGGCCUGAGGUUGUCUGACAGAGGACAUAGUGAGUUCUGCGUGAAAGAGAAGCCAGUAGAACCCAACCAGUUCCCAGAGCUGCCCCCUCCUUCUCCUCCACCACCUCCUCCUCCUCCACCCCUAGUGCCUUUGGAGAACCCCGACAUCCUAGCCUGGGAUGCUCCUCUCCCUCCUCCUCCUAGUCCUCCUCCGCCUGCACUCCUCCCUGACCCAGUCGACCCUGCACUGUGUCACUUCCACCUGCACCCCCAUCCUGAUCCCCAGUGGAAGAGACAACCACUGCCCCGCCCAGACAGGUACCAGCAUCCAGACACCGCACCCUCUCCCAGCGACCCCCAGCACUUCACCGUCUCUGGCUUCCAGGGCGGAGUCCCCGGCGAUCACUCCCCCAACACGGAAGCUGACCGUGCCCUCUGUCCACACAGGGAUCUGGAAGUGCUGAAGAAGAAAGAGGAGGAGGAGGAGGGCCAGGAGGAGCCGAAGCAGAAGCCGGAGCCUGUGCUGCCCCCGCCCCCACAGCCCUCCCACGGGGCCCCGGCACUGGCCAAGCCCACCAUGGAGGGCCAGCGCUCGCCCUCGCCCCAGUUCUCUCCCCAGAGACUGACCGACAAGCCCCCCGUCUCCCUGCAGGAUGAAGCCCCUGGAAGGAUGGAGAAUGUGACGGAGAACAACAGCGCUGUCAGGAAAGUGCCCAUCAAGAUCGUCCACACCGAGAGCGACACGGAGAAGGAGAGCAGGCAGUACCUCCACCCACACAGCCUAGGUGGUGGAGGUGGAGGUGGAGGAGGAGGAGGUGGUGGAGGCGGAGGCAGCGAGGCUCCUCAAGCUCCUACGGGCCCCGGGGCGACUCACCUUACCAGCCUGGCUGGCCCAGAGCAGUCCUAUUCAGUCUUCUGUGCCUACUCACGACAGCAGAGGGUCCUGGGGCCCGAGCCCAAGUCCUCGGACAUGGGGGCCCAGCGGGGGCCAUCAGAGCCCAAGGGAGAGACGCACAAGGGGCCCCUGGGCGAGCACAGGCCCUCGGAGGCCCCGCCGGUGGACUCCCGCCACGUCCCUCACCCCAGCAACAACGGCGUCUCGUCCGUCAGCACCCGGCUGCGGUCGGCGGAGGACGAGAAGAGAGAGGAGCUGGCGAGGGACAUCAUCGACAAGGACAAGUCUCUGGCCGACAUCCUGGACCAGAGCAAAAGGAAGACCACCAUGGACCUGAUGGAGGGGCUCUUCCCCCAGGGAGAGCAGCUUCUGGAGGGAGCCCACCAGCGCAGGAAGGCUGCUCCCAAGCAGGCCUCUCCCCGAAGUGCAGAGGAAAGGAAAGAGGAGGCGAGCACCAUGGCAGCUGCUGUCGCCCUGGCGACCAGUUCCACCUACUACAGCACGUCGGCUCCCAAGGCGGAGCUCCUGAACAAGAUGAAGGACAUGCAGCAGGAGGAGAGCGAGGAGCAUGACUCGGAGGAGGAGCUGGACCACGACCUGGCCGAUAAGAAGCACGAGCUGAUUGACAGCCUGAGCCGCAAGCUGCAGGUACUGCGGGAGGCGCGCGAGAGCCUGCAGGAGGACAUGGAGGACAACAACGCGCUGGGCCAGGAGGUGGAGGCCACUGUGCAGCAGGUGUGCAAGCCCAACGAGCUGGACAAGUUCCGCAUGUUCGUGGGCGACCUGGACAAGGUGGUGAGCCUGCUGCUGUCGCUCUCCGCACGGCUGGCCCGUGUGGAGAACGCCCUCAACACCCUGGAGGAGGACGCCUCGCCCGAGGAGAGGCGGAUCCUGACUGACAAGCGCAAGCUGCUGAUCCGCCAGCACGAGGAUGCCAAGGAGCUGAAGGAGAACCUGGACCGGCGCGAGCGCGUGGUCUACGACAUCCUGGCCAGCUACCUGGAUGAGGAGAGCCUGGCCGACUACGAGCACUUUGUCAAGAUGAAGUCGGCCCUCAUCAUCGAGCAGCGCAAGCUGGAGGACAAGAUCAAACUGGGCGACGAGCAGCUCAAGUGUCUGACGGACAGCCUGCCGCUGGACCAGAGGCUGACCCUCGGAGCAGACAUCUAGACUGUGUCAACAUUCCGUCUAGACCUCCGUCUGGACCGCUUCCUGUACCCCUUAGACCCCUAUCUUGACUGGGCCCAGUCCUUUCCCCUAUACCAGACAUGGUCUGAUAUUAUUCAGAUGCCAUUGAGUGCUUAUAACUGACUGCUCUCCGACCACACUUUGACCCCCGGACCAACCACUGUUGCUCUUCUGUCUGACGUAAGAAAAGCCCUUAACCAUGACUCCCACACUGAACUGAAUGAACUGUCUGACUGGGUUAAGAAUGCCGUGGCACACCUUGCACCCUUAGGGCACCCCAGCAGACAGUGGACCAACCAGACUGACUACUCCCUGACAAACCACUGCUUGGCUUCUCACAAAGCAGAUUAGCUUCCUGACCACUAGAGGGCGACGUGACAUGAGCGUAUUCGUCUAAUUGACCACUUGUUACAUUGUUAAAGCUGUGUUUCUACCUGUCUGUCUGACACAAACAAACAAACGCAUACACAGACACACACACACAUGCAUCUGAGGAAGUAACUGAACUGAGAUCAGUGUCAUAUCAGUGAGCUUCAGGGCACACAGUUUUCUUCUCAUGUUCAUGAUCUUGUUCAGUGUCCCUCUCACACUCAGUAAUCGUAUUCAGGGAUACCACUAAAGCCUGACGGUUUUGCAACAGGGCAGCACAUCUCCAAAAAAAACAAAAAAUAAAACGGACUCUCUUAGAUGGUGCAUUAUUUCAUACCGCAUUGUUCUGUCUUUUUGUGUCUCGUUACAAAAUAAAAUAAAAUCCAUGUUGUUGUUUUUUUUAGUAAUUUAUUGUAGCCCUUUUAAACUUGUACAUAAACUAGAGUAGGCUACAGUAGUCUUUUCUUCCACACACCUGAUUUUAGCCAGGCCAAACUUAUCACAUCGGUCAGUCACUAUUGUGUAGCUGCUUAUCUUUAACAUUGCUUUAACUCUUACUGUAAUUGCUACAUUGCUAAGGAACCCGAGACUUGCCUAAAACCGUUCCAUUUUACUCCACUGUGGAUUCAAUGCUUGUCUAUAAAAUACCAGCUGCCUUUUGCUCUGCUCAUUGUCUCAUUGUGUUCUGUUUCUUCUGUCUUCCAUGCCUCGUUACUGUGUCAUGCAUGAGGGGAGGUGUGUAUAUAUACUGGAAAGUCCAGUGUUAUAAGUGGAGUUGACGUUCGUUAUAGAGGAACUACGAGAAUCUAACUUCACAUUGCAUUCAGCUUAGUAGAUGGACUUAUGUGAAUGUAUGUGGUGUGUGACGAUAUUUGAUGACAAUUAUUUAAACGAUAUGGAGCGUUUAGUGCUUCAGUACAAUUUCAACAAAAUAAAGGUAAUCAUUCAAAGA